CAGCAGGCAGUGCUAUUGCAGAAGAUUUUCCACUUGACGUCAUCCCCGAAUUUGUUUUCAAAAAUCCUUUUUUGGAAUUGGGUAAUUCUUUGGUGGUCCUUCAGCGAAAAUCGAUAAUUUGGCAGCCAUCGUCGCUUCCGCCCCGGUUAUACAAGAACCCAUCCUUGCCGAUUUGUUUGAAUUACAGAAGAAAAACCGAAGUUUGGCUGAGGCUCGGUCUGUUCUCAUUUCUGCCAUAACACGUCUUCCCUCGUGAUGCCAAGCCACUAAUCACAAGCAAAGUGCGUAAUCAUUCAGAUUCACACUCACAUUUCCUAAACUGAAAUUAGAAACAAAACAAAAUGUUAAUCAGUAAUACGCAAGACUUCCUCGUCUUUGGGUGCUGUACAAGAAGGUCGGCGGUGCGGGGACCAUCAAGCAUGGUUAGACAGUCAAAAUCAAAUCAAAUGCCUUAUAUCCAUCGGCGGAGGUCCUAGCGUGCGACGAUCUUUGAAACGAAGAUCUUGAAGCUACGAUCUUGAAGUGAGAAGAAGGUGUACAAGGAAGGUCAGCCAAUCGGAAGUUGAAACGCCCAACAAAUUUGGGUGUGACUGCCAAGUAGGAGUGGGUGUUGGCCUUUCGUCUCAUGACCUUAUUAAUAAUAAUAUUUAUACCCUUUUCUGUUUACGCAACACGCUUAUGGGUGACAACCAACCAACAUCUCUUUCAUGAGAGAACGAAAAACGAUGUGGGAGCAAGAGUGGACUGGCUAGUCUAUAUAAACCUCCUUUGGCUGUGGACGGGUCCAUCGAGUGUUCAACUGAAGAACGAAUUCCAACCGGAUAUUUUGACGUAACAAGUAUUUUGUACAGAUAUUUUGUACAGACAUUUUGACGUAACAGUGGUUUGUUACUCUUCACUCAUCAAGCACGAAAGAUUGCAGUUAAUUAAACAGAGACAGAGUUUGUUUCGCCAUAACAAAGAGUCUAGGGAAAGCCCCUGACAAACCCGUUAUUGUUAAAAGAACACGAAGCAUUUAAGGAAAUGUUUGCUUCAGCUAUAAUAUUUGCAGCUGCUGUCCCACUGGUAUUGGCAAACAACGCGCCAACCUAUUCUAGUGAUGUCUCCAGUACGGCCGACAAUUCGUGUGAGAAUUAUCCUCCGCUUAGUGGUGCAAAAGUUCCACAAAAUGGAAAACCGUCUAAUUCUUCUUAUCCUGAUGAUGGCUGUGGAGACUAUUCUGUCCGAUUUAAGGGCGAUGGAUACUGUUAUUCACUUCUGAAGAAAGGACCUUGUGAGAAUGUGUUAUUUUGGAUUACGGUCGACCCGUAUACUUACGAGGGAAUAUGCACUCCUCGCCUUUGUGGCAGAGAAAAAGUGUUCGUCGGUCGAGAUGGUCUUUGUCACGAUAUUUACGAUACUAAAGAGUGUCGUGGAGGUAGGCGUCUUUAUUACUCGGCUUACGGAGAUCCAAUUUGUGAUUGUCCUAUUGGGCAAUAUCCAUUCCCAUCGGAAGAAGACGAUUGCGUUCCUUUAUUUACCCAAGGGCCGUGUCCAACCAAUCAGGUUGUAUCCGUUAGUUCAUCUGGUAAAUUAGAGUGUUUCCCCAACACUUGUCAACUUGUUGAUAGAUAUCAGGACUGCCUCCUGCAAUUGGUCCCAGUUAAACAAUCAAGAAUAAGUAACGAUGACAACGGCGAUGAAUAUGGAUACUGCUAUGGGUUAGGCACUCGUGGACCUUGCUCACCUUCUGAACUUUUUGGUUACAACAUCUUUCACUGUCAGGGAGAGUGUGUUGACAUGGAUGACCCUAGAACGCCUUACUUUUCUUCUCCGGAAGAGAAUGCAAUUUUAGAUGAUGUCUUUGAUCGGGCCGCAAACGAACCCAUAAAAACAAAGAAUAACAAAAACAAGUAGAAUUCCAACAUCUCUCCUAAAUCCCUGUCAACCUGGCGGUCGAAACGGAAAUAAUUUCAAGUGUGCAAAUCCUUUGGUUCCUAGUAGACCCAUACGUGACGUUAGUAAGCCUGUCAGUCCUGCUUUCGGUUGCCGACCAAAUGAUUUCUUGCGAGCUACUGGACAAUGCGGUAGCAACCGUGGGCCAGCUAGCUGCGGACCUUCUUACAAAUUCAUCAAAGCUACAAACCAAUGUAGACCAAUUCGCUUUUGAAUUAAAUUCGCUUUGUAAUUAAAGAUAAUCCUGAAAUUCAACACAACUA